CCCGACCCAAAAGUACGUGUCAAUGAUGGCGGAACGAGAGCUGGAUCCGAAGGCUCCUCCGGGUCUCCACCUGCUUUCCGCUUUCCUCGCCAUGGAAACCACCGAUACUCUGCUCAGUUUAGCGAGGGAAUGUGGAGGAGGAAAGAUUACAGAUGAAGUGCAAACAUUCAUUUGUAAUGAGUGUCUAGAUUUCUCUAUAGGAAAAGGCAAUGAAUACAUGAAGAAGUUUUUGAAGAAGAUUAUUACAGAGGUUGAGUCAAGAAAUGGCUAUGUGUCGGAUGAUUUAUAUGAAGAGUAUGUUCCCUACAUGACUUCUUCCAAGGAUUUUAAUUUGUUCAAAGAAACUGGGAGGAUCCUGAAAUGCAUUUCUUUUCUUUUUCAUGCUGAUUGUGUUGAACUCUCAAGUUGUCCAAGUUCGAGGAAUCUAGUGGUCGAGCUGCAAUGUUCACUCAACAUGCUCGAGGGAGAUACAGGGUGUUCGAUUUGGCCCUCCUGUCUUUUCCUAUCAGAGUUGAUACUUUCUUUUCCACAUAUUUUCUUCGGGAAAUCAUGUUUUGAGGUUGGAUCGGGUGUUGGUUUGGUUGGAAUUUGUCUUGCUUAUGUAAAAGCCUCCAAGGUGAUAUUAAGUGAUGGUGACUUGUCAACUUUAGCUAACAUGAAGUUUAAUUUGGAGAUGAACCACAUCAAUACAGAAACUGAUUUGCCAGAAACAAGUACUGAAAAUCCAAAAUUGGUUAAAUGCAUUCAUCUGCCUUGGGAAUCCGCAUCUGAAAAGGAACUCCAAGAAUUCAUGCCAGAAAUUAUUCUAGGCGCAGAUGUUAUUUACGAUCCAUCUUGUCUUCCACAUCUUAUUCGAGUACUGGCCAUUCUUUUGAGUAAAAAGAAGUCAUGUGACAAGAAUCAGAAAGGAAGUUUCCGGAACUCUUCAACCGAAGUCACAUGUGCAGAUGGUAAAGCAAACAGUUCCAGCCAAGGACAAGUUCUCAAUGCCCACGGUUCAGAUUCAUCUAAUUCUCAUGCUUAUGACAUCAGUAUCACUGGAGUCAACAAUGCUGCCAGUCUUGGAUCAAGGGCAGACCCAGUUGCAUACAUUGCUUCUGUCAUUCGGAACAUCGAUACAUUCAAUCAUUUUCUUGCACUAGCAGACCAGGCUAAUCUUACAAUCUCAGACCUAACAAGUACACUAAGGCCCCUUGAUUUGCUUCCUUAUAUGAGGUCAUAUGAUCGUUCAAGCAUAAGGUUGUUUACUCUGCCACUCAGCAUAAUAAAAAAGGAUUCUUUUCUCUAAAUUGAGGUUAUCCACUCAUGGUCUGCUCCAAGAUCACUCAGUACUAGUCUCAUGUACUCUUUUGCUCAGAGGGAUGACAUAGAAGUGCUGGAUGAGCCCCUCUAUGGAACUUUUCUAAAUGUGACCGGUGUUGAAAGGCCCUACCGUGAAGAGCUUCUAUCUAAGAUGGAAUGCGAUGGUAAUAAAGUUGUGAAAGAGAUAAUUUAUGGUCCAGGAGGAAAGAAGUAUCGUUUUUGUAAGCAUAUAGCAAAGCAACGGGUACCUGGUUUGCCAAUUGACUUGCUGCAGAAAGGAAAACACUUUAUACUGAUAAGAAAUCCUGUUGCUGUACUGCCAUCCUUUGACAAGGUUGUGCCUCCAUCCAUUCUUGAGUUAGGUUUGGGAGAACUAGUUUCUAUAUACAGUGAGCUCUGUGCAUUGGGAAAGCCCCCACCUGUCAUUGAUGCAGCAGACCUUCAACAAAAUCCCGAGGCUACUUUACGUGGUCUUUGUGAAGAUUUGAAUAUUCCUUUUCAAAAUGCAAUGCUCAGAUGGGAAGCUGGUCCAAAACUGAUAGAUGGUCUAUGGGCUCCAUGGUGGUAUAAAAGUGUGCAUAACUCGACAUGUUUCACACCCACAAGAAAGUACCCUAGGGCAUUUCCUUUCUCAUUUUAUGACUUGUUGGAGCAAAGUCUACCUUUCUAUAACAUGCUGAGGCGCCAUGUGAGGCAUACAUCAUCCCUUCUAAAGUCCCCCUUACCUGUUCCUGAUCUUCCGGUUCCUGAAAAUGAGAAGCUGCUGGCUUGGGUUGGUGAUGAGAUUGUACCUCGUGAGAGUGCAAAGGUUUCAGUGUUUGAUUCAGUUGUUCAAGGAGGUGAUGCUGUGUGGGAAGGACUUCGAGUUUACAGUGGAAAGAUAUUUAAGCUUGAAGAGCAUUUAGAUAGGAUGUUUGAUUCUGCAAAGGCUCUGGCUUUCGACAAUGUUCCAACUCGUGAUGAGAUCAAAGAGGCUAUCUUCAGAACUCUCAAUGCCAAUGGAAUGUUUGAUAAUACACACAUUCGACUAACACUUACUCGUGGGAAAAAGGUUACUUCUGGGAUGAGCCCGGCAUUUAAUCUUUAUUCCUGCACUUUGAUUGUGCUUCCUGAAUGGAAACCCCCUGUUUAUGACAAUGUGAGUGGUAUAACACUGGUUACUGCUACUACACGACGUAAUUCACCAAAUAAUUUGGACUCGAAGAUUCACCACAAUAAUCUUUUGAAUAAUAUACUAGCGAAGGUAGAAGGGAACAAUGCAAGUGCUGAUGAUGCAAUCAUGCUUGACAAGGAUGGUUAUGUAUCCGAAACAAAUGCCACAAACAUUUUUUUGGUAAAGAAAGGCCGUGUUUUGACACCUCAUGCUGAUUGUUGUCUUCCUGGGAUUACUCGAGCAACUGUCAUGGAGCUUGUUGUAAAGGAAAAAUUUGUCCUAGAGGAGCGAAGAAUUAGCUUAUCUGAGUUCCAUACAGCAGAUGAGGUAUGGACUACCGGAACGAUGGGAGAACUCAGCCCGGUUGUAAAAAUUGAUGGGCGCAUCAUUGGUGAUGGGAAAGUGGGGCCUGUUACUCGAAGAUUGCAAGAUGCUUACAAAAAGCUGACAGAAGAUUCAGGAGUGCCUAUACCAACCAACAAUGAAUCAUGAAUAACAUUGUUUUGAAGAAGGUCAUCAUUACCAUUUACCAACGAGGAGCACACCUCAAGAUGAAUAUGAGUUAGGAUUGCUUCCAGAGCCAUCAUUACUAGAGAUUUUGGAUGCAUGACUGUUGUUCAGUAUGAAAAUGGCUAUUCUCUUUUUUCUUAUUGGCAAGAUGCUUUUGGUGUGGAGCAACCUCCAGAUAAAUAAUGCAUUCAAUAAUUGUGAAAACCCCUUAUAUCAGUCCUCUGUAAUGAAUUAUAUCAUCAAAUUCAAUAAUAUGUUCUAAGAUAUCUAUCAUCAUGACUUUAAUCUUCAA